AUGGAGACGUCUCUACUGUCCGAUACCGAGCAGGAGGAGCGCGGCAAGCCACAGCUAUUGCCCGAAGAGGAGGACCUUCUCGCGUUUCUCCGCAUGGGAGGCGCAGCAGGUAAUACAAUCAACAGUGUCAUGCCUCAUCGCAGCAUUGAAGAGUGGUCUGCUUGGGUAGACCACAGAGGUAACAGCAGAAGGUCACAAAAGCUUCCCAGUCGCUUGAGAGAUUUAGAUCGAGUUGGAGAAUUCAUUGAUUCCAAAAUUGCCGUCAUUUCAAAGGCGUAUCCCAAAUGGUACCCUGAUGCUCCGAUGGAAAAGCCGGCCACUCCAGUCGAAAUCAACCAGUUUCCGAUUCUGACAGGUAUGGAUUUCGACAUUAUUAGAUGGUACUCGCUCCUUCCAGGUAAGAGAACCAGCACCAGGGAACUCGAUUAUGCCAUUGAUGACGUCAUGGCCCAACUGUGUGACAAUUACCCUCACAUGUCGAUGCCGUAUCUGGAGAAGUUUGCCAAAAACAGAUUUGAUCCGCAGUUCUAUAUGAAAGCAAGAGAAGCUGCUGCAUUUUUUGAGGAGUACGAGAGGCUGUACGAUGACUGGCUCGCUAAGGCGUUCCCGGAAUACUACGCUUCGGGUGUAAUGAGCCUGUACAAAUUUGUGGAGAAGCGGGUGGUGGACGCGGAAACGUGGAAGGUUAUCGAAAACAUCAUCAACAAGGGGGAAAACGGAAAACAGGUCAUGUACAAGCUGCUUGAUUACCUUCCUGCUAAACUAGUCCACGAAGCAUUCUACAGGUCUUCGGGACUUUCUCAACCAGCCCUGAAGUUCAUGAAAACCUACGGAGACGUGAGUGUCCCAAUUUCGGGUAUUUGGACGGAAACCCACGACCUUAAUCUCAUUGACAACGACCUCACUGUCAUUGGUAAGUUGCAUGGACCCACCAACAUUGCUGUUCGGAAGCGAUUCCUAGCAUCCAAGGUCCCACACGUCAAAAAGAGAAGCGACCUCAGUGAAGAGCCGCUUACGGUUGAGGUAACUGAUAACCUCAGCUUGUCAGGGCUGGUGGAUUGUCCCAGUCCACAGACUUUACGGCGUGUCAUGAAACAAGGAAGCCUGGAUCCAGAGGCUGUAGCCCAGAGUAAGAAGCUACUUGAGACCCUUCCAGACUCAGAGUUUGCCGAUACCGCCGACUUCAUUGAGUCAGUGUACGAAGAUUGA